GCAGCGUGCUCCGUUGUUUAUUUACUGCGUCCGUCAGCGCACCGCGGCAGCAUGUCGGCGUACUACGGGGCCACGCCGGUGCAGAAAAUUGGGCACAAGCAGCAGAUGUGGCAGAAGCUCGAAAACUUCACGUAUGAUCCUGCCCUACUGGAGAUGGAGCCGCUGACGUUCUUCAACAACCGCAAGAGCGUGGCCCCCGUCAACAUGUACGACUGCCGCUUCAACCAGCCGGACGGCUGGGAUCAGCGCAAGCCGAGGUGCGACCGGCGGCUGGUCAGCCACGUGCACCCCGAGAUCUACAACGAGGAGGAGCGCAAAGUGGUGCCGGUCACGUGGUCUUUGUGGCACGGCCGGCCCAGCCUGGGGCAGCUCGACGUCCCUGGCAAGGAGCACGCCCGUCGUCCGCAGAUAGUCACCUUCUACCGCCGCUUCGGACUCAACCUGCAGAUGGAGAUGGAGCAGAAACCCGCUUAAAAGGUGCGAAACAUCAGCAGCGUUCUGAGCAGUUCGUCUUUCAAAACAAGCCCCCCAC